UCGGAGUACUUCCUGUUCUGACGAAAUUGCCCGGUAAGAGUGCCGCACGCAUUUUCUGUGCCUUCUACAGCAAAACUGGAUUUUUAAACAGGUCAAACUAAACACCGCGGAAUAACUUUUACCAGGUCGUAGAUUGGCAGCAUCCUUCAGCAAUGUCUCGAUUCUUUGCCAGGUCUGACAGUGAGUCAGAGGAGUCCUCAUCUGACGAUGAGAUCACUGAUAAAGCACCCGGAGCCACUUUCAAGCAGUCGCUGCUUCUUAGCGAUGAUGAGGAGGACACAAAAAGAGUGGUGCGCAGCGCCAAAGAUAAAAGGUUUGAAGAGUUGACGAACCUCAUAAAGACUAUCCGCAACGCUAUGAAGAUUCGAGAUAUGUCCAAAUGUCUGGAGGAGUUUGAGCAGCUUUGUCGAGCCUUCCUUAAAAGCAAGAAUAUAGUGGAUAAAGAGGGUAUUCCUCCCUUCUAUAUCCGCCUUCUGGCUGACUUGGAGGACUAUUUGAACCAGAUUAGCUGCAAAUGA